CAACAACGGCGUUGAGCUCCUUACGAAAUCGCGAGGGAGGUUUGAUACUCACAGACUAAAGGAAGAGUGAGUGACAAGGCGAGAGAAAGUGGUGGUGCGAGAGUGCGAGAGACAGUGACAUUGCGAGAGAGUGAGCCAGUGAGACAGUGAGAUAGAGCAAUGCCAUCAGAGCUUAUGGAAGGCGUAGAGUUAGCAGAACAAGGUGCCCAUCAGCGGCAACCAGCGGACUCAGAGAUGACCACAGACAAUGUCUCCACACGCUCACCGGCAACCGCUGAUGUCAGUACGACCACACCAGCUGCGACUCAGGCAGAGCCUGGGCAGACACCGGGAACAACCACGGGAACAUCAACAGCCUCUGAAGAGCCCAAGAGGAAACGACGCAAGAAAGUCAUCAUUGCGUGUGUCUACUGUCGUCGUUCGCAUAUGAUUUGCGAUGAACAGAGACCUUGUUCUCGCUGUAUCAAGAGAAACAUUGGUCAUCUGUGCCAUGAUGAGCCGGCAAGCACCAAACAGAAGAAACGUGUGGAGAACAGUAUAUCGGGCAAGGAGUCCACGGAUUUGAGUGCAAAGGCGCUGGCAAAUGUGUCGACAAAGACCCAAGCGGCGAUGGACACAACGGCGGUAACCUCACAACCUCAGAUCAAAAUGGACUCGAACGUGAAUGCCAUUGUUAAUCAAACCAGCACAACAAAUUUAACCCCAACAUUGCAGCACUUGGAGGUGCAAUCAGUCCCGCAGCACUUACAAUCUCAACUAUAUGGAGAUAGCCAUCAUAGCCAAAGAGACCUUUCGAAGGAGAGCUCUGCAAUGUUUAACCAACAACCGUUUUUCUUUAGUGAACAUGCUGGUUCCGAGUUUAGCUCUUUGAAUGAGUUCUUAUCAAUGUUGGAUGACCCAGAGCUUAUAGGCUCAGGUGGUCAACAGGACCCCAAUAGCCAUGGUUCAUUACCUCAUUCGAACAACUUGAGCGCAUCCCAUUCUCUAACAAACCUUUCCCUGACAAACAUGUCCAUGUUGAACUCUCCAGCGUUGAAUAGCUACCAGUUCUUGAUUCCGCAGCAGCCUCAAUUACAAUCACAACAACAGCAACAAUCACAAUCACAGCAACAUCAAUUACACCAGCAUCAACAGCAACAACUACACCACCAACAACAACAACAACUACCACACGGAUCACAAGUAUUACACAACUUCCAAGCACAUGAUCAAUCACACGCAUUACCACCCCCACAACAGCACAUUUCAGAUUCUGCAAGGGAUAAGUUCUUCCUCACGGCUGCUGAUCCAUCGACCGAGAUUUCACCUGAGGAGAGGUUAAAACAGGUUAUCAACGCCAAAUUGGAAGCCGGCCUAUUGCAACCUUACAACUAUGCAAAAGGUUAUGCAAGAUUACAAGCAUAUAUGGACAACUAUAUGAACUCAUCUUCCAAACAGAGAAUCUUGAAGCCCCUGAGCAUAUUCCGUCCAGCUUUUAGAGCUAUUGCAAGAACUCUAAAAGAUGUGGAUUUAAUCCUGGUGGAGGAGAAUUUUGAAAGAAUGCUUCUGGACUAUGAUCGUGUCUUUACAUCGAUGGCGAUCCCAGCAUGUCUAUGGAGACGUACCGGUGAGAUCUAUCGUGGUAACAAGGAAUUCGCAUCUUUGGUCGAGGUCGCCGCUGAUGACUUGAAAGAUGGUAAGUUGGCCAUCUAUGAGCUGAUGAGUGAAGAGAGUGCAGUCAACUUCUGGGAGAAGUACGGUGCCAUUGCUUUUGACAAAGGCCAGAAGGCCGUCCUGACAAGUUGUAAUUUAAGAACCAGAGAUGGUAGAAAGAGAAAAACAUGCUGUUUCAGUUUUACGAUAAGAAGAGACAGGUACAACAUCCCCAGCUGUAUUGUGGGAAAUUUCAUCCCAAUCAACCCAUAGGAAAGGACAUCUCCAGUCCAAUUGGUCUGUGUGAGUGUAUUGAAAGAGACUCCCCUUUGUAUUAUAAUUAUCACUUCCAACGAUAUGUUUGAACAAGCGUAUUGAAAUCAUCGUUGUUGUAGGCCCGGGCAAGCUAGCUUCUUCGCGGUUUUUGAAUAUACGUCUUUCAUAGGGAAGAAAAAAUUUCGAACCAUUUACUUACUCUUUAAUACUACGAAUGCCAAA